AUGGAUAAUAACGCUGCAAAUUCGGAGAAAUCUCACCUGAUCCACGAGAAGAAUGCGAAAAUGUAUUCUCUGAGAGUCAAAAGCGCCUUCCCAGACUCCAAAGAGGAGUAUCCCAACUUCCCUUUCGAGAACGGAGGCAUGUCCGGCGCCAUCGAGCUGAAGCGACCCGUCGGCGUCCACUGCCACGGUGCCAAAGCGGCGGUGUGUGAGACGAGCACAGACAAGCUGCUGGCCAAGAAGAAACUCUACAUCGCCUCAGCCGUCUGCCUCGUCUUCAUGAUCGGCGAGGUCAUAGGAGGCUACCUGGCCCACAGCCUGGCCAUCAUGACAGAUGCAGCCCACCUCCUGACAGACUUUGGCAGCAUGAUGGUGAGCAUCUUCUCCCUGUGGAUCUCCUCCAGACCGCCCACCAAAACCAUGAACUAUGGCUGGCACAGAUCAGAGAUCCUUGGGGCACUAGUCUCUGUCAUGUCCAUCUGGAUCGUUACGGGCGCUCUGGUCUAUUUAGCCAUCGAGAGGAUUGUACGCAAUGACUAUGAGAUUGAUGGCCACGUGAUGCUAAUUACCUCUGGCUGUGCUGUCAUUGUCAACAUCAUUAUGGCUUAUAUCCUCCAUCAUUCCACCACCUUCCACGCCCAUGGUGCUGGUUAUCAUCAGAUAGACGAGGACGGUCAGAGUCCUGUCGCUCACGGCCACACUCACACACUCCUUGGUGGCCACGGCAACACCAGUGUUCGUGCAGCGUUUAUCCACGUGGUCGGCGACCUGCUGCAAAGUGUCGGUGUCAUGGUGGCGGCGAUCAUCAUCUACUUCCGGCCUGAAUAUAAAGUUGCAGAUCCUAUUUGUACCUUUUUGUUCUCAGUCUUUGUCCUCUGCACCACUGUGACCAUUCUCAGAGAUGUCUUUAGGAUACUGAUGGAAGGGGCUCCCAAGGGAAUAGAGUUUAACUCAGUGAAGGAGGUGCUGCUGUCUCUGAAGGCUGUGAAGUCCAUGCACAGUCUGCACCUCUGGGCUCUGACUGUCGGCCAGGCACUGGUCUCUGUCCACUUGGCCAUAGAGGAAGGUACUGACCCCCAGUCUGUGCUACAGGAGGCCACUGAUCUCCUGCACAAUAAGUUUGGUUUCUACAGCAUCACCAUCCAGGUAGAGCUGUACUCUGAAGACAUGAGCUACUGCUCCCGCUGCCAGGACCCCAGCGACUGA